AUGGACGGUGGAGAUUUGUGGCGCGUGGCCGCGUGUGGCAACAGCGACGGUGCUCCUCGCGAUAACGGUAUUUUUAACAGAAUAAUGCUCCGGUUCCGACCGAUCGCGCCCAAACCGGUCGCUGGAGGUUCUGUCCCCGCUGCCGCCGAGUCGAGCCAGAGUAGCCAUGUGUCAGUCCUCGGAAAGAGACCGAAGAGGAAGUACGUUAGGAUUCGGAGGAAUAGUGGAUACGUGAGAAAGAACGGUAAUGAUAGUAAUAAUAGUGAUAAAUCUUCGUCGGAGAGAAGAGACGGUUUGGAUGACGUGGCGGUGGUGACGUUGCAGUUGAUGCCGGAGAAGGACGCGCCGGAGAGAGAUUCGCUUAUCGAAGAUUCGUGGUGUAAGAACGUUGAUCUUGACCUAACCGUAGAGAAGAUUCAGAUCGUGGAGAAUCUGAAACCACCGAGCGCAACGGCAAACGCGGACGCAGGUGAGGGUUCAGAUCAGGUCCCGGCGGUCAAGGUGGUGGAGUCGUGGGUGACGGUGGAGAGCGUGACAGGCACGUGCAUGGGGGAAGGGGGAGGGUUAGGUUGUACGGACGAGGAGAAGAUGAAGAAUCUAGAAACUGACACGUGUCCAGGGUUUGUGUGUGACGGGGGUUUGAGGGUCCGGUGGGUGAACGACGCGUACAAGAGGAUGGUGGUGAGCGAGGAGCGUAACCCGCGGGCUGAGAAUAUCGUAGUGUGGUUGAAGGUGAAGGAUGGUGCUGCUUCGUGGUGGUGCUAUUCUUACCCGGCGUUCACUUGCGGUGUGAGGUUGCAGUACACGUGGCGGAAUGAGAAGUGCACGAAGAUGGUUCCGUGUGAUGUUUGGAGAUUGGACAGUGGUGGGUUUGCAUGGAGGCUAGACGUGAAAGCUGCACUUAGUUUGGGUCUCUGA